AGCUGGGCCUGGUAGACAUCAUCUUCCAGUACAUUCACUAUGAUGAGAUCUAUGAGGCAAUAAACAUCCUGAGUGGCAUGAACUGGGACACUCUGGGCCACCAGUGCUUUAUCAGCAUGAGUGCUAUUGCAAACCAUCUUCUUAGACAAAAGCUCACUCCAGAGAGAGAAGCACAGCUUGAGGCAAGCCUUGGAACCUUCUAUGCUCCAACAAGACCACUUCUGGAUACAACUAUAUUGGAAUAUAGAGACCAAAUCAGCAAAUAUGCAAGGAGAUUCUUCCACCACUUGCUCAGAUACCAGAGAUUUGAAAAGGCAUUUCUCCUAGCUGUUGACAUUGGUGCUCGUGACCUAUUUAUGGUGAGUCAUUCCCAGACAUGA